AUGCAUUGCAUCGAAACAACCAGAUUCCCGCGGUUCGGCCGUGCGCCGACAGACGGUGUCACUCCCCGUCGACAGCUCGCUUCGGUCCGGGUGACGGUUGAAGAGCCCGAACUGGCAGAUAGACUUUUGUCUUUGUCCAAGUCAGACGCCAACGGACUCGACACCAUUCUCCAGGCUGCAUGGGCACUGCUUCUGCGCUGCUACACGGGCCAAGACCAUGUGUCCUUUGGCAUUCAGCGUGUUGACACUGUCGACAAUGCCGAUGUUGUUGUUGCACAGUUUCUGUUGAACGAAUCGUUGGCUAUCUCCGAGAUCUCCGGGGCGGCGACGAUCCACGCCAAGACGGGGACAGCCGCUGUCACAAGUGACGGGGAUGCUUCGGCCCCGGUCGCCAACACGGCGAUCGUGUUGUGGGGCUUCACACCAAGAUCAACGUCAAGCCUUGACACAAUCUCUAAUUUUAACCAACAGAUUCGCCUUCUCGCCAAACGCGGCCACGAAGGCACCAGCUUGGGCCUGUUUGUGGAAUGGAACACCAACAUCGUCGGCGUGCCCGCGGGCCAGGGCAAAUUGGUCGCCAGCACGCUUGCAAAGGCCAUUUUGACGCUUCUUGCGAGCCCCCCUGAAACGAAGCUCGGAGAGUUGGAUUUGACGAGCCGAGCGAACCGUGAGCAGGUGUGCGCGUGGAAUGACGCCGUCGCAAUUGACACUGUCGACCGCUGCGUCCACCAUGUGAUUGCCGACCGCGUCGAUGACCACCCAGAACUCGAGGCGGUAUGCGCUUGGGACGGGUCCCUCACGUAUCGAGAACUCGACGCGCUCGCUACCAGUCUGGUUACCAGGCUCGUGCAGCUUGGUGUUGGGCCCGAAGUGAUGGUUCCUAUAUGUUUCAACAAGUCGAAAUGGACCGUGGUGUCCAUGCUCGCCGUGUUGAAGGCCGGCGGCGCGUUUGUCCCCCUAGACCCGUCUCACCCAGUCGAGAGACUCCGUGAUCUCUGUCAAUCGGUCAACGCUCAUCUCGUUCUGUGUUCACGUCACCUGACGACUGUCGUUGACGGCGUGGUUGACGCAGUCCUGCCCGUCGACGAUGAGACGUUGGCCGAGCAAGUCGAUCUAUCGGUGAGUCCUCCCACAUCCGUGUCGAGCACUAAUCCAGCAUAUGUAAUCUUCACAUCCGGAUCUACCGGCAAGCCUAAGGGAACCGUCAUCGAACACCGGGCUUUUUGCUCCAGUGCGCGAGCACACGGCCCUGCAUUGCGCAUCGACGGCAGCUGCCGAGUAUUGCAAUUUGCCGCGCACACAUUUGACGCCAGCCUUGUCGAGAUCCUUACACCUCUCAUGUUUGGGGGUUGUGUCUGCAUCCCUGACGAGACGGAGCGCCUCAAUGACCUUGCCGGGGCCAUCAAUCGCUUGGGCGUCAACCAUGCCGUGCUGACACCGUCGUUUGUCGGCUUUCUGUCGCCGAGCGCUGUCCCGGGCCUGCGCAGGCUCGUGCUUGCCGGCGAGGCCAUGGCGCCCUCCCACGUGGCGACGUGGUCGCACAUCAACCUCGUGAACGGCUACGGACCCGCCGAGAGCUCCGUCGCCGCCGUGGUCAAUUCGCAUGUUGGGCCCGACACUGAAGCAACUGAUAUUGGAAUGCCCUGCGGUGUACGCUGCUGGCUUGUCGACCCCGCUGACCACAACCGACUGGUCCCUGUCGGCUGCGUGGGCGAGCUGCUCCUUGAAGGUCCGAGUCUGGCGAGAGGGUACCUCAACGAUCCUGCCAAGACGGAAGAAAGCUUUAUAUUUGACCCAGCCUGGGCAGACGCCACUGGUGCUGCUGGCCGCCGUCGAUUCUACAAGACGGGAGACCUCGCACGCUACAACUUUGGCACCGGCUCGUUGAGUUACGUUGGACGCAAAGACACGCAGAUCAAGCUGCAUGGCCAACGCAUCGAGCUGGGCGAGAUUGAGCAUCAUCUUGCUGUCGAUGCGAGCGUGAAGCAUGCCAUGAUCCUCCUACCUAAGCUGGGACCCCUGGAGAAACGGCUGGUUGCCGUACUCUCGCUCGACGAGUUGACUGAGCCAAUGCAGCCUGCUGCUACUGCUGGUUCCAACGGCCUGAGGUUGUGCGACAAUAUCUCCGUCACCGAACCCUUCCUGCAGGAAAUCCGUGCGCGGCUCACGGCACGCCUCCCAGCGUACAUGGUUCCAUCGGUAUGGCUGUGCGUUGACGCCAUCCCCAUGCUCCCUUCGCGAAAGAUGGACCGCAAAUCUGUGACGACAUGGGUGGAGAGCGUCAUCAGCCAAGAAGAGUGUCAGCGCAUCCUGAUGGGACACAAUUCCGGUGAUGCGAAGACAUCUGUCAAGGACAAUGAGGAAAUCCAGCCUCUGACCGAAACAGAAGCUACGCUGCGUGAUAUUUGGAGCCUGGUGCUCAACCUUCCCGCGGUACAGAUUAGCCUUGAUGACCGCAGCUUCCUUAGUCUGGGCGGCGAUUCCAUCUCCGCCAUGGCUUGCGCCAGCCGGGCCAAGAAGGCGCAGCUUGGAUUGACAGUGCAGGAAGUUCUUAGAGCCAAGUCCCUCCGGCAGCUUGCGGCAGGUGCUAAGAAGCUUAAGGCGAGCAAUGAGGGAAGGAGCGCCGGAGAAGAGGAGACAGAGCUGCUCAAUGUGCCCUUUGCACUUUCCCCAAUUCAACAACUCCACUUCCAAGUCCGUGGCGAAGCGGAAGGUGACGAGCACUUUAAUCAGAGCUUCUGUCUGCGUCUGGGCCGUCAUGUAGACGCGACGCUUAUCCGAGAUGCAAUCGAGACCAUCGUGAAGCGCCACGCAAUGUUGAGAGCACGGUUCGAACGCAGCCCGGAAGAUGGGCAAUGGCGACAGUUCAUCACGCCCGACGUAGGCCGGUCCUACCGCUUCCGAGCUCAUUCAGUGCGUUCUGCCCAUCUGGUUGAUGCCGGCAUAGCCGACGCCCAGGGCUGUUUGAGCGUCCGUCGAGGUCCCAUUUUCGCGGCAGAACUGUUUGCAGUCGAGGACAGCGGCCAGGAGAUCGUGUUCAUGACGGCACACCAUCUAGUCAUUGACCUUGUCUCAUGGAGGGUAAUUCUCGAGGAGAUGGAAGAGCUACUGGAGAAGCAGCACCUCGCUCCGCAUCCGUCGCUAUCAUUCCGCUCAUGGACAGUCCUCCAAAAGGAGCACUGCAUCAACGCACCCGUCGACCAUUCUCCCCCUUUUCCUCCGACACAAUUCGAAUACUGGGGGAUGCAAGCCCAACCCAACCUCUACGGCGAUGUAAUCUGCCAUGGCUUUUCCCUUGACCCCACCACAACCAACACCCUCCUCUCAUCUGCAUGCCAGAACUCCUUCCGUACGGAGCCUGUCGACCUGUUGCUUGCGGCUUUGCUGCAAUCCUUCGCCACCACCUUCUCCGACCGCUCCCCACCAGCCAUCUUCAACGAAGGCCACGGCCGCGAGCCGCCUUCUCCAGAAACAACCGACAUUUCGCGCACCGUUGGAUGGUUCACAACCCUCUUCCCCAUCACGGCUUCCUUUGGAACCUCAACUCCAGAAUUCACCGACACGCUCAUCCAGACAAAAGACCUCCGUCGCCGCGCACCAGGCAACGGCCGCCAGUUCUUUGCCUCCCAAUUUUACCAUCCCUCUUCCAACUCCAAUCACCGCCGAGCGGACAUGAGACGCAUGGAAGUAACCUUUAACUUCCUAGGCCGGUACCAGCAACUCGAACGGCCCGGCGCGCUGUUCGCCCCUGCCGCGCUCCUCGCGGGCGAAGCGCACUCUGGUAAUGGUACAGCCGAUUUCGGGCGAGCCGCGCCGCGCUUUGCGCUGGUCGAGAUCUCGGCGGUUGUCGUGAAAGACGUGCUGCGCUUUGCGUUUGCGUGGAACAGGCACAUGCUAAGGCAGGACGAGUUGAGGCGCUGGGUGGACUUGUGCUCUGCAGUUUUGAGAGAUGCGGCGCGGAUCCUGCCAGGUGUGAAACCUAGGUUUACGGCCGGGGAUUUAACUCUGUUGCCUGGAUUGAAGGGGGAGGAGUUGGUUAAAUUCGAGAGGGAAAAGCUGAAGCCUUUGACUGGGGACAGUGCGUGGGAGAAGGUGGAGGAUGUGUACCCGGCUUCGCCGAUCCAAGAGGGGUUGUUGAUGAGCCGGACUAAGGAUGGGAGUUUCUAUGCCGUGCGGAGGGUGUUUAAGGUCGCGCUUCGCGGUGACGGUGGAGAAGUCGAUGUGCGGCGCCUGGUGCAGGCAUGGGAAGGUGUCGUGAUGCACCACGCGCUGUUGAGGACGGUCUUUGUGGACGCUAUCAGCGAGGCAAGGGCCGGCAGCCAUGACCAGCUGGUGUUGAAACGCGUGGAUAUGGAAUCGCUCAUCGCGGUCUACGAGUGCCGCGGCGGCGAAGACGACAUGCGCAAAAUGGUCGACAGAAUGGAGUCGAUGCAGUAUAGCGCAGACAAGCCCCAGCAUCGUCUGUCCAUUUUUCACAGCAUCAGAGCUCGCAGUGUGUGCUGUGUGCUCGAGAUGAGCCACGCCAUCAUGGACGGCGCGUCGAUGGACAUCCUCCUGCGCGACCUUGCACGGAGCUACGCUGGGUCCAUUGGCAACACACCUAAGCCACUCUUUAGCCCCUUUAUGGCAAGCCUGCAGCAGCGCAAUGCAGAGGCUGACAUUGGUUUCUGGACGUCAUAUCUCACUGGCAUUGAACCAUGCCAUUUUCCGGUCCUGAACGAUGGCAUCAACCUGCCAGAAUCAACCAGAGAGUUGCGAUCUCUCCGUGUCUCGGUGCCUAAUCUUGCAGCGCUGCAGUCUUUCUGUGAUGCCAAGGGCUUCACUCUGCCCAAUGCUUUCCACGCUGCGUGGGGUCUCACCCUGGCCUGCUACACCGCAAGUGACGAUGUGUGCUUCGGCUAUCUGGUAUCGGGGCGCGAUGCCGCGCUCGUUGAGGGCUCUGAGGAUGCCAUCGGCCCCUUCAUCAACAUGGUCACCCAGAGGGUCAAACUUCGGGGCGAGAAGGAUGAUGAAAAUGCCUUAUCCUUACUCCGUGUCCUCGAAGCCACGCAGAGAGACCAGCUAGACAGCAUGCCGCACGCGCAGGCGUCACUAGCAGAGGUGCAACAUGCGCUCAAGAUGCCCGGCGGCAUGGCGCUGUUCAACACAUGCAUCUCCUAUCGCCGCCGGCUGCUGUCUCAGCAGUCUGCAACUACCGAAGCUCUCGAGUGCACCGACCUGGAAGCCAUUCACGACCCAACAGAGUACCCAAUUUCGCUCAAUAUCGAGACUAGCGACGACGGAGAAGACGGAGCCACCACUGCCGCCAUCGACAUCGACUACUGGACCGACGCCGUCUGCGCCGGCCAGGCCGAGCACGUCGCAGCGACUUUUGUCCAUGCGCUGACCAACAUCGCUGAACACGCCGAAAUCCCGCUCUCGCAGCUCGAUAUUGUCCACGAGAGCAGCAAAUCCGCCAUCUGGGCCUGGAAUGCCAGCCUUCCCCCGACUACCGCGGAUUGCAUCCACCAUAUGAUCGCGAAGCAGGUUUCCCUCCGCGCGCAGUCGCAAGCGGUCCGGGGGUGGGACGCCGACUUCUCGUACGCCGAACUGGACCGGCUGUCCAGCUCUUUGGCCGCCCACCUGGUGAGCCUUGGCGUGGCGCCCGAGGUGUUUGUGCCCGUGUGCUUUGACAAGUCGGCGUGGACGGUCGUGUCCAUGCUCGCUGUUCUCAAGGCUGGUGGAGGAGUGGUGCCCCUCAACGCGACACACCCCGCUGACGCUCUCGAGGGUAAAGUCGUUGAUGCGGGUGCGCACGUUGUUGUGGCGUCAGAGACGCGCGCGGCGAUCUUUGAGGCCAUGGUGCCGUACGUCGUUGCGGUCGGGCCGCGGCUGAUGGCCCAGCUUCAACCUGAACCCGAGCAGGACAGCGCAACGGUCUCCCCGUCAGACCCGGCUUUCGUCAUGUUCACGUCCGGUAGCACCGGCAAGCCCAAGGGGGUGGUCCUUUGCCACCAGGCGCUUGUGUCGAGCGCGCUGGCGCACGGCGCGGCGCUCGGCCUCGGCCCACACACCCGGUUCUUGCAGUUUGCGGCGCACACUUUCGACAACAGCCUCGAGGAGAUGUUCACGACCCUGAUCCACGGCGGGUGCGUGUGCGUGCCCUCGGAAGCGGACCGGCUGGGCGACUUGCCGGGUGCCAUCGACCGGCUCGACGCAAACUUUAUGGACCUGACCCCGACCGUGGCGGCACUGCUGAGGCCGAACGACGUGCCCAAAAUCCGCGGUCUUGCAGUGGGCGGCGAAGCGCUGACCCAGGAGGUGCUCGACAUCUGGGGCGGUGCCAUCCCCCUGCACAAUCAGUACGGCCCGAGCGAGUGCUCCAUCAACGCUACCCACCGGCUGCAUUCGGAUGCGCGUGGUGAUGUUGCCAAUAUUGGGACUAGUGUUGGCAGCGUGUCAUGGGUCGUUGACCCCCGUGACCAUGACCGGCUUGUCCCCGUCGGGUGCGUGGGCGAGUUGCUAAUCGAAGGGCCCAUCCUCGCCCGCGGCUAUCUAGGCAGACCUGCUGAGACUGCCAAGGCGUUUAUCGAGAUGCCGAAGUGGGCGGUGCUCGACCCGCGGCAUGACGAGCGAGGAGCCAGAAGAAUGUACAAGACAGGCGAUCUAGUCCGAUACAAUUCGGAUGGCUCGCUCGUCUACUUGUGCCGCAAGGAUACCCAGGUCAAGUUGCACGGCCAACGGAUUGAACUCGGCGAGAUCGAGCAUCACGUCAAGGCCUUUCUCCCGGAAGGAGCUCAGUCCUCUGUCGAACUGGUCACCCUCGGACACUCGCAACAGAAGAUGCUGGCUGUCUUUUUCUGUCUUUCGGCGAAUCCGGCGACCACAAAAGUCGAGAUUCUUCCCAUGUCUGCCGACUUCCAGGAUCUCGCACACUCCAUUGCUGGAGCGUUAUCCGUCAAGUUGGCCGCGUACAUGGUUCCCAACGUGUUCUUCCCCGUUUCGCAGAUGCCGCUUACAUCGUCGGGCAAGCUCGACCGACGGCGUCUUCGUACCGCAGCUCAAGCCUUGUCGAACGACGGCGUAUUAGCAUAUCGCCUGGGAGCAAGGACUGCCAACGGCCGUCUGCCUAAGACAGCCAUGGAGAAGGAGCUGCAAGCGCUAUGGGCCUCCGUGCUCAAAGUCGAACCUGCCUCUAUCGGCGCCGAGGAUAGCUUCUUCCGCCACGGCGGAGACUCGGUGGGAGCAAUGCGCCUCGUGGCAGCAGCUCGACAGAGGGGUAUCGUUCUUGCUGUGGCGACCAUAUUCCAGACGCCCAAGCUCGCUGACAUGGCUGCUACUAUUACUGCCACAUCCAGUGAACGACCUUCUGGACAGGGAGCCAAUGUACAGCCCAUACCGGGACCGGCGGAGCCAUUCUCCCUGGUUAAGCUCGACAAGACGGUGACUGUGCAGAGAGUGCGGGACCAUGUGGCCCACAUUUGCCGCGUCGGCGUCGAGUCUGUCGAGGACAUAUACCCAUGCACGCCCUUGCAGGCUGGGAUGGUUGCCGCCUCCCAGAGACAGCCCGGCGCCUACGUGGCCGUGAACUCAUACCGGCUACCCUACCGCACUGACAUCGAUCUGUUCAAGAAAGCCUGGCAAGAUGUUGUGGACUCUGAAGCCAUCUUGCGCACGCGGGUUGUGUUCAUCGAGGGCAUGGGCUUCCUCCAAGUCGUGGUACGCGGAGCAAUUGACUGGCUGACCGCCCCAAGCCACAAUGAUCUGCCCAAGACAUACAGCCAUCUGCCGAUGCAAGACGGUGGCGAACUUUCUCGCUAUGCCCUCAUCCAAGCACCGCACGAGGGCCAGCAGACGACCUUUGUCUGGGCGGCACAUCACGCUCUUUACGACGGAUGGAGUCUGCCCACUCUACUUUCUCGAGUCGAGGCGCGGUAUAGCCGUCCGCAAGCACCAAUCCCCCCUGUACCCCAUUACUCCCGUUUUGUGGAGUAUCUGUGCAACACAGACCUCUCGGCCUCUGACGCGUUCUGGCGUAGCAAACUCUCCGGCCCGGCACCCCGACACUUCCCUUCCCUUCCGCACCCCGGCUACCGUGUACAAGCCGCUAGCCAAUUACACCGGUGCGUGCGCUUCGCUAAACCCAAGGGGUCCGACCUGACGACAGCCUCAUUUCUGCGGGCGGGCUGGGCGCUGGUGCUGGCCAUCUACGCCUCCUCGGACGACGUCGUGUUCGGGGAGGUUCUCAGUGGGCGGGACGUGCCCGUCGCAGGGGUAGAAGACCUAAUCGGCCCUACGCUUGCCUCUGUGCCCCGGCGCAUUCGCAUCGACCGGAAUGGGACUGUUCAAAGAGUGUUGACUGAUGUGCAAGCGCAGCUCAAUGAUGUUAUUCCGCACCAGUUUGCCGGACUGCAGCGUAUCAAAUCCCUGGGUCCGGAGGCGGCUGUCGCGUGCGAGUUUCAGAAUCUGCUGGCGAUAGAUAUGACUGAGGAUAUGCCCCAGGAGGGUCUUUGGGAAGAAUUGGCGAGUGGUGGCAACAAGCAGGGCGCGGAUUUCUUCAACUACCCGCUCAACGUCACGUGCGCGCUCAAAGGCGAAGGUGAAAUCGAUGUGUGCGCUUACUUCGACCACGCCGUGGUGCCGCAGUGGCAAGUUGUCCGGAUGCUAGCACAAUUUGAGACGGUCCUGCAACGCGUGUCUGAUGUCCGGAGGCAGAAUGACAAGGUUGGCGAUGUUGACCUGUUGAGCCAAGACGACAAGGCCCUGGUCCGCGAGCUGAACAGGGUCCCUGGGCCUGUGGUGGAGCGACGCGUCCAGGAUGUGAUCGCCGAUCAGAUGGCGUCCCGGGGCGCCAGCGAGGAAGCUGUGGUUGGAUGGGACGCGACUUUAUCCAAUGCCGAGCUGGAUACCCUCUCGACGGCCCUUGCUUGCGAGCUGGCUUGCAACGGCAUGAACCGUGGCAAACUCGUUCCGUUUUGCUUUGAGAAGUCGGCAUUUGCCGUGGUUGCUAUGUUGGCUGUCCUCAAGGCCGGCGCGGCGUUUGUACCACUGGACCCUGCCCAUCCUGUCUCGCGGCUGAAGGAGAUUGUGGGUGACUGCGAGGCCAGUGUCAUUGUGUGUUCGCCCAGAUAUUCAGGCCUUUGCUCUGAACUGGUGGACGUCGUUUUGCCGGUUGAUGGGAACUCUUUACGGACGAUUGUGGACGCUCAGAGGUCUUCCACUGACGUUACCGAGGCAACAGAAAUCUGCUCACCCACGGACCCCGCCUAUGUAAUCUUUACAUCGGGAACAACGGGGAGACCGAAAGGAACUAUUAUUUCCCAUCUCGCAAUCUGCUCAGGAGCUGCCGCUCACGGCCCGCCCAUGCUCAUGAAUCCCCCUUUCCGUUGCCUUCAGUUCGCGUCCUACACUUUUGACGCGUCACUGUUCGAAAUUCUAACAACCCUCAUGAGGGGCGGCACCGUUUGUGUCCCGUGUGAGGAAGAUCGCACCAACGGCAACCUUGCCGCUGCCAUGGAGCGGAUGCGUGUAGACCUGAGCCUCUUGACACCAUCAGUUGCCCAGACGCUGCAGCCCGCCGACGUGCCGCAUCUCAAAACACUUAUCCUCGGAGGCGAGGCAAUGGCCCAGGGCCAUCUCGAUACUUGGGCCGACAAGGUGAACCUGGUCAACGCCUACGGUCCAAGCGAGUGCGCCAUCGUGGCUACCGUCAACUCCAACAUGAAACGGUCCUCCAACCCGGUGAACCUCGGCCGCGGCAUCGGCCGCUGCUGGAUCGUGGACCCCAACAACCACGACCGUCUCGCACCUGUCGGGUCCGCUGGAGAGUUGUUGAUUGAGGGUCCGACAAUGUCAAGCGGCUAUCUGCGCAACGAAGCGAAGACGCGCGAGGUCUUCAUUGAGAAUCCCCAGUGGGCACUGGAUGAAGCUUUGCGAUAUCCAGACAUGCCCCAAACCGCACCCCGCCGCAUGUACAAGACCGGCGACUUGGUUCGCAUAUGCGACGACAUUUCGGGGGAAAUGGUCUAUCUAGGUCGCAAGGAUUCUUCACAGGCCAAACUCAAUGGUCAGCGGCUAGAACUCGACGAGGUUGCCCACCAUCUCGGGGCUGACGAUGCCAUCCGCCAUGCCCUUGUUUUGUUCCCGAAGAGCGGCCCGUGUGCCAAACGCCUUGUCGCGGUUCUCGCACUUCAGGGAUUCUCUGCUUCCAUUAAUACCGGCGCUGAAUUCGAACUGGUCACCUCCAAAGCAGUGUCUCUUCUCGUCGACCAGGUCGAGGAGAGGCUGAGAUCGAAAGUGCCAGCUUACAUGGUUCCAUCGACCUGGAUUGUGCUCUCGCGCAUUCCGUUGCUGCCAUCUGGAAAGCUUGAUCGAAGGGGUGUCGCCGAUUUCGUCGACAAGAUGAGUGAAGACAUGUUUGACAAGGUUACGGGCAACGACGCGGAGCGUGAAACGGAAGAAUCCGCUUUAACACAGAAUAUCUCGCUCGAUGCAACGCUAAGGACCAUCUGGAGCGAGGUGCUUAACAUAUCCCCCGAGAGAAUCGGCCGACAUGUGUCAUUCCUACACCUCGGAGGCGACAGCAUCACGGCCAUGCAGGUUAUGGCGCGUUGCCGGACGCAGGGCAUCAAAGUCGCCGUGCAAGACAUUAUUAACAGCAAAUCAGUCCAUGACUUAGCACUUAGAGCCGGAGUCCCGAUGCAACAGCAGCCCGCAGCCUUCCCGGGCGAGGACCAUUACGAGUUUGACCUCACACCCAUCCAGCAACUAUACUUCCAGCUUCUGGGUGAGAAUGGCCGAGUUGCCGGGCCAGACCCAGACACGAUGCGGUUUAACCAGAGCGUCCUUCUUCGACUUAACGGGGAAAAGAUUGAUCCGCAAGAGAUUGGCCGUGCCGUGCACACACUUGUUCAGACGCAUUCCAUGCUGCGGUCACGGUUCCGGCGUGAUGGCACGGGCAGCUGGCGGCAGCGCAUCACGUCAGACAUCAGCGGGUCAUACCGCUUCAAAGCGCAUGCCGUGGGGAAUCUGAAACGCGUCGAGAAGCGCAUCCAAACCUCCCAGAAGGCCCUCGAUAUCCAGAAGGGUCCUCUAUUGGCCGCAGAUUGCUUCACUGUCGGUGGGGAUGCCAAGAAGGAAUUGUUCAUCUUCAUCACCAUUCACCACUUGGUGAUCGAUGUCGUAUCCUGGGGCAUUCUGCUCCAAGAUCUGGAGGACUUCUUCUCCUCUGGCAGCAUCAAGCCGGUAACGUCGCUGAGCUUUCAGAUGUGGAGCCGGAAGCAAGCGGAGCACGCCCAGGCCGAGCAGAACGGGCCCCGGUUGCUUCCGCAUCACGAGUUUUCGGAUGUAGACCUCGAGUACUGGGGCAUGGGAGACAAGUGCAAUGCGUACGGAGACGUUGUCACUACUAACGUUGAGCUGGACAGCGAAACAACAUCCAUGUUGCUGGGUCCGGAGUGCCACAAGCCUCUGCAGACCGAACCGCUAGACGUGCUUCUAGCGGCCUUGCUUCUGUCGUAUCGCAACGCCUCAGUUGGUCGCCGCGGCAAUCCGACCAUCUACAACGAGGGCCACGGACGCGAGGUGUGGGACGAUGCAAUGGAUCUGUCAAGAACGGUAGGGUGGUUUACCACGCUGUACCCUGUCCACCUGCCGAAUGAAUCGUCUUCUGACAACGACAUCAUAAACGCCGUCCGAUGGGUCAAAGACUACCGGAGACGCCUGGCUGGCAAGGGGCGUCCGUACUUUGCUUAUUCGCUUCUUACCUCGCAGGGGCGCGACGAGUACGGGCAUCAGUGGCCAGUCGAGGUUGCAUUCAAUUAUCUGGGCCAGAUGCAGCAGCUCAGCCGUACAGACACCUUUCUUUCCUCAAUUGACGGCAUUGGGCAGACUUUGAACUCGCCCUCCGACAUUGGCAAGGAUGCACCCCGCUUCGCACUCAUUGAUGUCUCUGCGCUCGUGGAGGAUGGAAAGAUGAAGCUCUCCUUCACGUACAACAGCCACAUGAAGCAUCAGGAUUCGCUCGCCAAGUGGGCUCAGCAGUGCAAGUCGCUCCUCCGAGAUGCCACGGACAGGCUUACACGGCUCGCGCCGUGGAAGACGUUGAGCGAGUUCCCCCUUUUAUCACUGAGCUACUACGGCCUGGACAAUCUCCGCCAGAAUUUCGAAGAUAUCGGCCUACGCCUCGAUCAGGUUGAGGACAUUUACCCCUGCUCACCAACCCAGCGCGGCCUUUUGCUCAGCCAGAUGCGGGAACCCGACAAGUACGCAUAUCGUGCAGUCUUCCAGAUCAUGUUGGCAGAUGAAAAGAGAGUCGAUCCGGACCGCCUGUGUAAUGCCUGGCAGGGUGUCAUCCGGCGGCACGCCACGUUGCGGACCGUCUUCGUCGACACGGUCGGAGACGAGGGCCUGAUGGACCAGGUUGUUCUCCGCGAAGCCCUAGGCCGGACCAUCAUGCUGCAAUCCAGUGACGAAUCAGGAGCUCUCACCGCUCUGGGAAAUCUCCAAGGGAUUGACUACCGCGAGAAAAAACCGCCACAUCGGCUCGCACUCUGCACCACUGCUGACGGCAGCGUCUUCUGCCAGCUCGAGAUCAGCCACGCAAUUUGCGACGGCUCGUCUCUGCCAAUCCUCCUCGAUGACUUGUCCAGAUAUUACCGUGGGACCACCAACGAGCCCCUUCCCGUGUACAAGGAGUACAUGGCUUUCAUACAGGCCCAGCCGCGCAAUGAGAGCAUCGCUUACUGGAAACGGUACCUUGACGGCGCCGAGCCAUGUCUCUUUCCCGCUCUCAUAGACGGAAAGGUAAAUACUGAACGUUCGCUCGGAUCGCAGACCAUCCAAUUGGACCACCUCACCGAGAUGAACCAGUACUGCGCAAACGCGGGGAUUACCUUGUCAACACUACUACAGUUUGCUUGGGCACUGGUCCUGCACACCUACACGGGUUCCGAAGACGUGCUCUUCGGGUAUCUAGCCUCAGGCCGCGACGUACCCGUGCCGCACAUCGAGCAGGCCGUGGGCGCCUUCAUCAACAUGCUGGUGUGCCGCCUGCACAUCAGCGCAGACAUCGAAGUUGAAGACGCCAUUGACACAAUGCAAAACAACUUUGCCGAAGCCAUGGCCCACCAGACCUGCUCGCUCGCCGAGAUGCAGCAUGCACUCCAGCUUCCCGCUGCCGGCGCGCUCUUCAACACGGCAUUUACAUACCAGAAGCGCUCAGGGCCGGGUCAGAACCGGGAUUCUAUCUCAUCCGCGCUGGAAUAUCGCGUCAUAAACGCCGAGGAUCCGAGCGAAUAUGCCGUGGCUGUCAAUGUGGAAGCCACGGAAGGGUCUGUCGAGGUGCAGUUCGGGUACUGGCGCAAUAUUGUUUCGGAUGAGCAGAUGGAGAAUGUUGCGUCGGCGUUUCAGCAGGCUGUGAGCGAUCUCGUUGCCAACUGCGGACAGGACGAUCGGACAGUCGGAGAGGUCGACCUCGUCGGAUCGACGGGAAUACAGCGGAUUUUCGCGUGGAACGACUACGAGAUCCCGCGGGUCGAGCAGUGCGUGCACGAUGUAAUUGCGCAGCAUGCUUCACAGCUUCCGACGUCGCCCGCCGUGUGCGGGUGGGAUGCCUCGUUCACCUACGCGGAGUUAGACGGAGUUGCGACGGCAGUAGCCCGCCGGCUUGUGGAUGAAUUCGGGGUUGGGCCGGAGGCGUUUGUCCCUCUGUGCUUUGAGAAGUCGGCGUGGACGGUGGUGGCCCAGCUCGCGGUGCUGAAAGCUGGCGGGGCCUUCGUCGGCCUCGACCCUGAGCACCCCGAGACCCGCCUGCGCGAGCUGAUCGGAGAUGUCGGUGCCAAGGUUGUGCUGUGCUCGGCAAAAUACGAGCCAAAGCUUGUCAGAAUCGCGCCGAAGACAGCCGUGGUUGACGCGAACACCGUAGCAGUUCUAAGAAGCGGAACGCUGGAUGCUAUGGAGAUCACAGUUGCUACCCCCGUCAAGCCAUCCAAUGCGGCGUACAUCAUCUUCACUUCCGGCACAACCGGCAAACCCAAAGGCACCAUCAUCGAGCACGCCUCCUUCUGCACCGGGGCGCUGGCCCACGCAAAGGCCAUGUUCAUGCGCUCGGACUCGCGGGUCCUGCAAUUCGCCUCAUACACGUUUGACGCGAGCAUAAUGGAAACGCUCUCGUGUCUGCUGGUGGGAGGGUGCGUGUGCGUUCCCUCGGACGAGGACAGGAUGAACGACCUCGCGGCGGUCAUUCGAUCCAUGCGCGUCACCUGGACCCUCCUCACGCCCUCGGUGGCUAGCACCGUCAAGCCUGAUAGCGUUCCGUGCCUCCGCACCCUGGUCACGGGCGGCGAGGCCAUGGCUGCUGGCCAUGUCGGGCGUUGGGGCACAAAGUGUGCCCUUGUCAACGCGUAUGGCCCGACCGAGUGCUCAGUCGUAGCCACCACGAGCACAAAGGUCGACGAGGCGCACCGCGUGCGCAAUGAGGAUAGUUCCAACAUUGGCACGGCUGUUGGGGGUCGGGUUUGGGUCGUCGAUCCGAGCAAUCCCGACCGUCUGGUGCCGCCUGGUGCUGUGGGCGAAUUGGUAGUUGAGGGCCGAUUGGUGGCCCGGGGGUAUCUCAACAACCCCGAGCAGACGGUUAAGGCAUUUAUCCAGACACCACCGCAGUGGACAGGCCAUCCGGCCUUCCCAGCUUCCAUGUGGCGCCGCCAUGAAAGGAUGUACCGGACAGGCGACCUCGUACGGUACAACUCAGACGGGUCGGUGUCGUACGUCGCACGGAAAGACACGCAAAUCAAGCUGAAUGGCAGACGUAUUGAGCUCGGCGAGAUCGAGUUCCACUGCCUACAAGGCCUGCCCGAGGACGCGCAGGUCGCCGUCGAGGUGGUCGUGCCUCCCACGGCACGCAGCGCAGCCAAGGCCCUGGCUGUUUUCUUUAGCCUCCCAGCAACCUCCGCUACAGGCUUUUCCCUGUUGCCAAUGGACGAGUCCCUGAAUGAGGCUGCCCAUACCCUGGAAAAACACGUCUCCGGGCAGCUGCCAGCGUACAUGGUCCCGUCACUGUUUGUCCCCGUCUCGGCAAUGCCCUGGACAAGCGCGGGCAAGCUUGACCGCAGGAGACUCCGCCAAGCGGUUGAGCAGGCCAGCAAGGACUAUGUAGCUCAGUACAAGAUUACUGGCGCGGCCAAGAAGGUUGUGAAGCGUCCCGCACCAGCAAGCCAGAUGGAGACAAAGUUGAGAGGUCUGUGGGAGGCGAUCCUUGGGCUUCCCGAGGGCUCCGUCGGGCCUGAGUCCAACUUCUUCCGCAUCGGCGGCGACUCCCUCACGGCCAUGCGGCUUGUUGGUGCUGCUCGAGCUCACAGGAUUAUGUUGUCUGUGCUUGAUGUCUUUGAGCACCCUGUCCUGACUGAGAUGGCGCAAGCGUGCGGUGGCAUGGAAGCGGCUUCCGUUGCUCCAACAGAAAAAGAGCCCGAGUCAGGACCCUUCAGCCUCGUGAAAAGCCUCAAGCCUCAGCUUGAUGCCCUCCUGCAAGAGGUCUCGGCGCAAUGUCUGAUCCCGCGACAAGACAUCCAGGACAUGUACCCUUGCAGCCCGCUGCAGGAAGGACUCGUGGCCCUGGCCAACAAGCAGGCGGGUGCCUAUGUGGCCAUCAGCACGCUCAAGCUCCCUAAAGACGCUGAGCUGACCCGCUUCAAGUCGGCCUGGCAGAGGGUCGUUGACGACACGGACAUGCUGCGCACUCGAAUUGUCCAUACCUCCACGGCUGGGUUCUUGCAGGUUGUCGUCGCCCCCGGACCGAUCGACUGGCAUGCUGAACCAAGCCUCGAGGAGGCUACCAUCAAGGGCAAAGCACUCGGGUCGCAGAACGGCGGGGUCCUGACUAGGUUCGCGUUUGUCCGCAGCGAACAGGGACCUACGUACUUUGUCUUGGCUAUCCACCACGCACUGUAUGAUGGUUGGAGUUUGCCACGCAUUGCCAGGCGAGUUCAGGACAUCUAUGAGGACGUUUCGAGCCUGGAGAAGAUCCACGCCAGGACAAACGCGCCUUAUGCCAACUUCAUUCGCUACUUGGCCGGCCAAAACGUAAAAGCCUCGGAGAGGUUUUGGACGGAUGCCCUGAGUGGGUCGUCGUCUGUGACACACUUCCCGGAGUCUUCAACGAUUGCGAACCGCAAUAUGAAGCCAACGUUUGGAGUCGAGACCAUCCGGGUGCAGGUCAAUCGCAACACAUUCACUGCCGAUAUCACUCUCCCGACCCUGGUCAGAGCGGCAUGGGCCAUCACCCUGGCAGCGUACACUGGCACGGACGAUAUCGUUUUUGGGGAGACUUUGGCGGGCCGCAACAUCGACCUCGCAGGUGUCGAGGACAUAGCCGGACCGACGUUCACCACCGUCCCAGUCCGGGUCCAGCCGUCCCGCCACUUGAGACUCCCUGAAUUCCUCCGGGAAAUGCACAAGCUGGCGAGCCGACUGGCGCCGCACCAGCACUUGGGGCUCCAGCACAUCAGGCGGCUCAACCAGGACUGCGAGGCAGCCUGCAACUUUCAGAACAUCUUGACCAUCCAGGCUGCCUCCCCAUCUCUUCGCCGGCAGAGGGAUGAUGAUUGGGAUUUCCAAGGCGGUUCUUCAAUGGAGAGCUUUUUCACACACUCGCUUGUGCUGGAAUGCAACGUUACCGACGCCACAAUUGAGGCCACCUUCCACCAUGACGAGAAUGUCCUCUCAAGUUGGCAUGCAAGACGGCUCGCUAAGCAGCUCGAGGCAAUUUUGAGCCAGAUGGUGGCCAUGUCCAGGAACGCCAACACAACCCUGGCUGAGAUCCAUGUGCUCAGCAGCGAAGAUCAAGCCCUGAUCGCAGAUUGGAACCGCUUCAACGGCGAGUUUGAGGUCGAGGUCAACGCAUGCAUUCACGACCUGUUUACCGACCAGGCCUCCCGUCACCCUGAGCGUGCGGCCAUCAGCGCCUGGGAUGCGGAGCUCACCUACGGCGAGGUGCGGGAGUAUGCCUCCCGGUUGGCUGUCCAGCUCUCGCAGCUCAACGUCAGACCCGGGUCUUUGAUCCCCGUCUGCCUCACGCGCUCGGCCUGGUCCCUCGUUACGCUACUGGGUGUCCUCAUGGCAGGCGGCGCCUUCGUGCCCUUUGACCCGGCCCACCCGCUCGGUCGGCAAAAGGACAUGCUGGCCUCGCUCAACCCGUCUUUGAUCGUAUGCAGCCCCGAGUACACUGCCCGCUUCGCCAGCAUCACCAGCGUCCCCUGCUUCCCGGUGGACGGCAACACAAUCCGCGGCCUCCCUUUAUACCACCCCACCGUCUCCUUGGCAAAAUCCACCCCGCAGAGCACCGCCUACGUUCUCUUCACCUCAGGCAGCACGGGAACCCCCAAAGGCGUAGUCGCCACCCAUCUUGCCUUCUGCAGUUCCUCGCGUGGGUUCGCGGCCGCAACCAACCUGACACCAUCCUCGCGGGCCUUCCAUUUCGCCUCGCUAACCUUCGAUGUGGCGCUCAUGGAGACGUUGACCCCCCUUAUGUUGGGCGCGUGCGUGUGCGUGCCGAGCGAGCACGAGCGCCUGCACGACCUAGGCGGCGCGAUGGCACGCCUCAGCGCCACCUGGGCGUUUUUGACUCCGUCCGUAGCAAACCUGGUCGAACCUUAUGCACCCGGUAUCAAGCUCAAGACAUUGGUGUGCGGCGGUGAAGCGAUGCUAGCCGAAACGGUUGCCCGUUGGGCGGGCACUGGUGUUGAGCUGAGGAACGGCUAUGGGCCGACCGAGGCCUGCGUGCUGGCCGUGGUCAACCCCGCGGUUGUCUCGCAGGCGGAUCGUGCUGUGAUUGGUCGCGCCACAAGUGCUGCGCGCGCGUGGAUUGUGGAGCCAAGAGAGGACAAGAACUCUCCCUGGCUGGCGCCCGUGGGCGCGGUGGGGGAGCUGGUCAUCAGCGGGCCUUUGCUGGCGGAAGGGUAUUUGGGUGACAAAGAAAAGACUUCGAAGGUGUUUGUGGAGAGCCCCGCGUGGGGCAGGGGGUUAGUCGGCAGUCCCGGCCCCCGGAGGAUAUACCGCACGGGCGAUCUUGUGCGGUACCGGCCUGACGGUGCAAUCGAGUUCAUCGGUCGCAAGGAUGGCCAGGUGAAAGUCAAUGGCCAGCGCAUUGAGCUGGGCGAGAUUGAGAGCUGCUUAUCAGCCGACAGGCGUGUGCGGCUGGCGCUCGUGGUGCAGCCCAAGACCGGUCCGUGCCAGAAGCAGCUGGUUGGGAUUGUCACCCUCAAUGGUGAGAGUGCUGGCGACGUUGGAGGCAAUAAUAAUUGCACCCCUGUUGACGGACCGGCUGAGCGCAUGGCCCAUGUCCGGGAGGACCUUGUGGAGGUCAGAGGUCAAGUAGCAGACAAGGUCCCGCAUUACAUGGUUCCUUCGGUGUGGAUCGUGCUUGAAGGCAUCCCCGUCGGUGUGUCGGGCAAGCUGGACAGGCAGAGAGUGGCGCGAUGGGUCGAGAAUAUCGAUGCCACAACCCUCGAGCGCAUUGCCGACAGUCUUGGCCUUUCCGAGGAGGCCAGCCAGGACGUCCAGCUCAUCCCGCAAGCGCAGACCCUGAGAGAGAUUUGGGCAAAGGAGUUACACCUCCCGGUUGAUCGUGUCAAGACCAACCAGCCAUUCCUCACUCUCGGUGGCGACAGCAUUCGGGCUAUGGGAGUCGUCUCACGAGCUCGAAACGCCAAGCUUACUGUCUCUCUGCAGGAUGUUCUCCGUUCAAAGUCCGUCGUGCAUCUUGCCCAACUUGCCAAAGUGGCUUCUUCGUCGGCAACCGCCGAGGCACAUCUGGGAGCAGAAACCGAAGAGCCAUUCACGUUGUCGCCGAUCCAGACCAUGUACAUGAAACUGGCCGUCAAGCACGACGGCGACGCGCGAUUCAACCAGAGCUUCGCCCUCAAGGCUCCUCGGGCCGUUGGGGUUGACGCCAUCCGGAACGCCGUCGAUUCCAUUGUGCAGCGUCAUUCGAUGCUUCGGGCGCGCUUUGUUAAGGGACUCGAUGGCACCUGGCUGCAGCGGACGAUCAAGAUGAGACCGUCGGUCUACUCCUUCCUUGCGCACCGUCCAGCCUCUCCCGAAGAAAUAACGAUGGUUUCCAAAGCUGCUCAAACAAGCCUCGACAUUGAACAUGGCCCCGUCUUCAGAGUCGACGUGGUGGAUCUCCCCGUCCAAGACCAGAAAGCAAUCCACAUGGUUGCGCACCACUUGGUUGUGGACAUUGUUUCCUGGCGCAUCAUUGUCCAGGACCUAACCCAGAUCUUGGAAACGGGCAUCCUCCCUGUUGAACCCCCUCUGUUCUUCAGAGCCUGGUGCGCGUUGCAAUCUGAACACAACAAAUCUAUUGACGCGAAGGCCCUCCUGCCCUUCGAGGAGACCCCUUCUGAUUUGAGCUAUUGGGGCGUGGACCAGCCUCUCACAUACGGCACGACCGCAACCGAGUCUUUUACCCUAGAUGAGAACAUGACGAAACUAGCUCUGGGAGACUGCCACAGGGCUUUCCGGUCAGAGCCCCUUGACGUCUUCCUCGCGGCUCUCGCUCAUGCGUUCGCCAAGACUUUCCCUGACAGAGCUACCCCGACGCUGCAUACCGAAAGCCACGGCCGCGAAGCCCCAGACGGCUCCAGCAUUGAUCUGUCGGGCACCGUCGGGUGGUUCACGACCAUCUGCCCGUUGCAAGUUCCCAUCCAUUCCAAUGACGCCCUUGACGCAGUGAAACGAGCCAAGGAUCUAAGGCGCAGCAUCCCUGGGAAUGGCAGGCCAUACUUUGCACACAAGUGGCUGGGCCGGACCGCCGACGCCAUACUGUCUCCGAUGGAGGUGCUGUUCAAUUACUUGGGCGGUGGAGUGAGUAGCAGCGACGCGGAAGGCCUCGACGUCCUCCGAGAAACGGCAGACGUGGGAACCGAGGCUACCAGGAUGGCUCUCUUUGAGAUUUCGGCUGUCGUCAUUGACAACCAGCUGCACUUCAGCUUCAUCUACGACCGCAAUCUUAACAAAGUCAGCGACGCCCUCAAGUGGAUUGCCAACUGCAAGGCGGUCCUCGAGGAAAUAGUUCAGGGGUUGACGAGACACCCUGCCGAGCCUACCCUGAGCGACUACCCGCUCCUACCGCUGGACUAUGAGAACCUUCGCACUCUGGUGAACGUGGCCCUCCCAAGACUGGGUAUCCGCGAUCCUUGUUCUUGCAUCGAGGACAUAUACCCCUGCACGCCUGUGCAGGAUGGUAUCCUGAUCAGUCAGCUGCGCGAUCCGAACGCAUACAUCUUCCAUGCUGUCUACAGCGUCGCGCACAAGGGCUCGCACACCGCAUUGGACCCGGGCCGUCUUGCACGAGCUUGGCAGAAGGUGGUAUCCCGCCAUCCAGUGCUCAGGACCGUCUUUGUUGAGAGCUUCCAUUCCGAUGGCGUUUUUGCCCAGGCCGUCCUCAAGCAGCCAGAUUGCGGAGCUGUCAUCAUCCGAAGCCGCGAUGGAGAAGCAAUGGCCAGGCUUAGCGAGAGUGCAAGCAUGACUCGCGGUGACCAAGGUCAAGAGGAACGACCCCAACUCCCUCAUCGACUCACAAUUUGCGCGACGGACAGCGGGGGCCUGCUGAUGAAGCUCGAAAUUAAUCACGCCGCCUUGGACGGUGGCUCGCUCCCAAUCAUAUUGGAUGAGCUUGCUGCAGCAUAUGCAGGAACAUUAGACUCUUCCCCUGGGCCCCUCUACAGCAACUACAUUCGGUAUAUCCGCAGCACUCCCACCACCAAAGCCGUAGAAUACUGGGUCGACCACUUGAGAGGCCUGAAGCCAUGCCACUUCCCCAAGCUGAACGCCGACACAGCGGUCACAAAAAGACUCGGAUCGACACGGCUCCAGUUCGACCGCUACCACGAACUCCGGCGCCUCCCGGAGCGGACUCAUGUCACACUCGCCAACAUCAUGAACGUCGCUUGGGCCUUGGUGCUGCGCAAGUAUACCGGCGUUGACGAUAUCUGCUUUGGGUUCCUCACCGCCGGCCGCGAUAUUCCGGUCGACAAUAUUGACCGCAUUGUUGGGACCCUCAUCAACAUGCUCUGCUGCCGCAUCGGCAUAUCCAAAUCGCAGACUCUCGCCGAUAUCUUCCGGGCCGCUCAGGGACACUACUUGCAAAGCAUACCGUUCCAGCAAUGCUCGCUUGCUCAGGUGCAACACGAACUCGGCAUGGCUGGUAAGCCUCUCUACAACACAUCCAUCUCGACGCAAAACCAUUCCGACAAGGAGGAUGCGCAGUGCGAGAAUACGAUCUCGUUCACGUUGGAAGAGGGUCACGACCCUAGUGAGUACGCUAUUACCGUCAACGUCGAUGUCUCUGAGGGCUCAGAAGGCGUUGUGUUCCGCUAUUGGUCCGACCAUAUCAACGAUAAUCAGGCCCAGGAGGUUGCGCAGGCCAUGGCCCAGGUUCUGAAUGCCUUCCUCGACCACCCGGCGCUGUCCGUCGAGGAGUUUGACCAUUACAUGGCCGCAAAAUCUCACAGCGGACGUGCCCGCAAGCACUCAGACUCUCGGAGACAUCAUCGAUUGUCUGGCGUAGCGUCUAGUGAAAGCUCCAUCGACGCUAUCACCUGGUGGUCUCCUCAGUCAGACACCCCCGAAACGCCAAUACAAAAUAAUCCCAAAAAGAUGCUCCAUGCGCUGUGGACCACCUUGCUAGGUCUCCCGUCGGACCAUCCCAUCGAUGGACAAGACAGUUUCUUCGACCUCGGCGGGGAUAGCAUCAUGGCCAUGAAGCUAGUUGGCGAGGCCAGGGACCAGGGGCUCACUCUCAGCGUUGCCGACGUUUUCCGGUACCCUCGAUUUGACGACAUGGCAGCCUCAAUUUAUACCUCCACAUACCCCCCUGAUAGGGGCAUCGUUGGACAAGCCGCUAAGCACAUCCUCUAUGAGCGAUUCUCGCUGCUCGCCGCCUCAAACGUCGACGCGUUCCUUCAGACCAACAUCGUUCCCCAAGUUGGCGUGUUCAGAGGCGGGCUUGCCGAUGUGCUUCCUGCAACGGACUUCCAGUCCCUAGCAGUGACCGGUGCGCUUCUGAAGUCUCGCUGGAUGCUCAACUACUUCUACCUUGACGGUGAAGGAUUGCUGGAUGUCGGGCAGUUGAGGCGCGCGUGCUUCCGGCUUGUGCAGUCCUUCGAUAUCCUGCGAACCGUGUUCGUGCCAUCAGGCAGCCGGCUCCUCCAGGUUGUCCUCCGCACGCUGCGCCCUGUAUUCAAUGUCGUUGAGCUCGAGGAUGAAUCCAUCGAAAGCUUCACGAAGGGAUUGCAAACCAAAGGAGAACACGAAACUCCUUCUCUUGGCGAACCUUUCGUCGGGUUCACAGUAGUGCGAGACCGACAUAGCAGCCGUCAUAGGAUACUAAUACGCAUCUCCCACGCACAGUACGACGGAGUGUGUCUACCCAAGAUCCUCGACGCCCUUCAAGCCGCAUAUCGGGGCGCAGCGGUCCCCUGCCCGCCAUCCUUUGCCAACUACCUGCGAGCCUCGGCGGGGACGCUGACCUCGGACCAUUACCAGCACUGGAAGGCGCUGCUUGAAGGGUCUUCUAUGACCGAAAUCGUCAGCCGAGAGCAUCCAGACCACCACAAGUGGGCUUCCGGCCCAGCUGUCUGGCUCAAAAAGGCUGUCCGACUGCCCCCGGUUGAGUCCGGAAACAUUACUACCGCCACCAUCGUCAAAGCGGCUUGGGCGUAUGUGCUUGCUCAGCUAUCGGCCAACCCAGACGUCGUAUUUGGCCACACCAUCAGCGGACGCAAUGCAGCCGUCGAAGGCAUCGAAAACAUGGUUGGACCGUGCCUCAACCUGGUACCCGUGCGCGUUCAGUUCAGCGGCGGAACAGCCCGCCACAUGCUGUACCAAGUGCAAGAACAGCAGGUGGCCAACAUGCCGCAUGAGGUGCUCGGGUUCCGCGAGAUCAUCCGGCGCUGCACCGACUGGCCAGCGUGGACCUACUUCACGUCGACUGUGCAGCACCAAAACAUCGACCAGACCCACCGCGUCCGCCUCGGCGACACCGACUACGCCAUCGGGUGGUGUGCGUCAUCCACGCACGGCGAUCUCGCCGACGUUGCCAUUCUUUCCCAGCGCCAGGCAGACACAACGGACCCACAUGCGUACGAAAUCAUGAUGAGCUUCGCCGAGGGCGGUCCCGUGCCGCGCAAACUCGCCCAACAAGCACUUAACAUGCUAUGCGACGCGGCAUCCCUCUUCGCGGCUAACCCCGACACCGCGCUGCCGUCCGCCCUCGAAUUCAGCAGCCGAGCGAGGCAGAUCCCGCUGCCAAGCACCGCCCCCUCUCCCUCAACCCCAAUCUCAGCGCCGCAAAUGAAUAUACUGCCCGCAGCCCACCAAGAAGCCGUCACCGCGCUGGUAGCUGACCACUGGCGCGAGGUGCUGAACCUGAACUCCACCACCAGCACCGGGUCUAGUACUAUCGAUUCAGAAACAUCCUUCUUCUCCCUCGGCGGCGACCUGACCGACCUGGCCCGACUAGCCUACCUGCUUGGCAAUGACAACGACAGCAGCACAGGCUCAACAACGACGACGCUGCCGUCACCAGCCUUGCGGCUCGAGGACCUCGCCGAGCACCACACAUUGCGCGGACACGUGGCGGUGCUGGUCGCCGCCAUGCCACGGCUGCCAAGGAGCAUCAGGUUGGCUGCUGCUGCUGGUUAUCGUGAUGGUUCUCGUGAGGGUGUGAGACGUGAGGGUUCUGAGCAUGGGGAACGAGUACGGAAGGGACGGAAAGGGACGAUGGGGACGGAGACGGGGAGAAGCGAUGGGAAGCAGAACAAGCUUGCAAAGGCUUUUCGGUUGGUGGGGAAUCUGAAGAAGAUUUCGAGGAAGAGGGUGGCUGUUGAUGUGGACGGUGGUAAUGCACCGGCGGCUGUCGGGGUGUAA